AUGCGCCCUUUCGGAUUCAUCCGGGUCAAGUUGCGUUACUUUACAAUGAAACAAACAUAUUUUCGCGAGCCAAAAUAUUCCGAGAGUUAUCUUAUUUCAAAGCCACAGAACCUAUAUGAACAGUAUGUAAAUGCUUUUGCAUUCUCCGAAAUGGUGAAAAAUCAGAAUACAACCUUGAAUAAAAAGGAACUGCAGCAGCAUGCGCAAAAUAGUUGGCGAGAAAUAAGAACAAAAGAUAAAAAUAUUAUUCAGAACAUUAUUUCUGAAUUAUUAAAAACUCCUGUUCAGCCCUCUUUUUCCAAUUUUUCCAAUUUUUCUUCGAAAAAUACACCUGCAACUGAACGUGAACCUUCUAAUGAUACUCAAUUUCCAUAA